AUCACAUCAUCCAAGUGCGGAUGUAAAUGAUCAAAUGGAAGACAAGAAUCAGACGGCAGUGACUGAAUUUCUCUUCUUGGGCCUCACGGAUCAUCUCCAUCAGCAGAUUGUCCUCUUUGCCACGCUUCUCUUCAUCUAUCUUGUCACACUGGGGGGAAACUUGGGGAUGAUCACUCUCAUAUGGAUCGAUUCCCGACUCCAUACCCCCAUGUACUUUUUUCUCAGUCACUUGUCCUUUGUAGAUACUUGUUCCUCUUCUUCCAUUGCCCCCAAGAUGCUGGGUGAUAUCUUCGCAGAGAAGAGAGGCAUCUCUUUCAUGGGUUGUGCUGCUCAGAUGUGGUGCUCUGGUCUUUUUGUGGGAACCGAAUGUUUCCUCCUGGCUUCCAUGGCCUAUGACAGGUAUAUGGCCAUCUGUAAGCCCCUGUUCUACACACUCAUUAUGUCCCAGAGGGUCUGUGUGCAGCUGGUGGCAGGGCCCUAUGCCAUGGCUCUUAUAAGCACCAUGACUCAUACAGUUCUCACCUUUUGCUUACCUUUCUGUGGUCCAAAUGUUAUCAACCACUUCUUCUGUGACAUUUCACCGCUGCUGUCCCUGGCAUGUGCAGACACCUGGACCAACAAGUUAGUGCUGCUCAUCUUGGCUGGAGCUAUAGGGGUACUCAGUGGGCUGGUCAUCACGGUUGGGCUGGUCAUCACGGUGUCCUACGUGUGCAUCCUGGUGGCCAUCCUGAAGAUCCAGACUGCUGAUGGGAGGUGGAAGGCGUUCUCUACGUGUUCUUCUCACCUGGCAGCUGUCUCCAUCCUCUAUGGAACUCUUUUUUUUAUCUAUGUUCUCCCUGACUCAGGUUCCUCCUUUGAUAUCAAUAAAGUGAUUUCUCUGUUUUAUACUGUGGUCAUCCCCAUGCUGAACCCCCUCAUCUACAGUCUGAGAAACAAGGAGGUGAAAAAUGCAUUCAGGAGCAAGUUUGAAAGAAAAAUGCAGUAA